AUGGCAACCACCUCGUUGAUCGUCCGGGACCUCUACCCGCAUACGCGCCCAGCGUUUCAAUCUCGCAACGAUGUGAACCCGACCUUGAUGAUGAGUUGGUGGGCCACGGGCUUUUCACUGGUGAUCAUCAUCGUUCGACUCUGUGGUCGCUACAUUCGGAUUGAACGUUUCUUCCCCGAAGACAAGGUGGUCAUGUGGAGCGUCAUUCCGCUCGUGAUUCGCAUGGUGCUCAUUCAUUUUGUUCUUGUUCUGGGAACAAACAAUACCCAAACGGCCGGGCUGACAACCGGUCAGGUGGCCGACCGGGUAGUUGGAAGUAAGUUGGUGUUGGUGGCGCGGAUCUUCUAUGCGAUCUACAUCUGGACGGCCAAACUCACAGUAUGCGAGUUCUUCAAACGAGUCACGGGCAUGGUCUGGCGCAGGUCGGUGGCUUAUUUUCUGCGUUUCAUUCAUGUCUUUCUUGCGUCGACCCUGAUAGCCGUGGUCAUGGCGACCCUGGCCGAAUGCCACCCAUUCCCCCAUUAUUGGCAGGUCGUCCCCGACCCAGGGCCGAGCUGUCGGAGCGGAUACGCGCAGCUGAUCACCAUGGGUGCAUGCGACGUCGUGACGGAUCUAUUCCUCGUCGCAUUUCCCGUACCGAUCAUCUUGAUGGCCCAGAUUCCCAUCAAACGCAAGCUUGCUCUCGUGAUCCUGUUUUGCCUGUCCUUGGUCUUGGUCGCUAUUACCUGCUACCGCGUCCCCUCGGUCAUCUGGCGGCAUGGCGCUCAGCCCUAUCGAUCCCUGCUCGCAUCUCUAGAAAUACUCGCAGCAACAGCCGUUUCCAACAUCGUCGUCAUCGGUUCAUUCGUUCGAGACCGCGGCGUGAAGAAGCUCAAGUUCAAGCCCACGGAGGGCUCGGCAUCCGUCACCGAGAGUCUCGAUCACAGCUAUGUCCGCCGUCAAACGGUCAUGCAGCAUCAAUGGGGCAGCGAUUGUGAUCUCGCCCACGAUCUCGGCAUCCGACUCGAUCCCAAACUCUACUCUUCUGCGCCGGGUACAUCCAUCCCCGUCCCGGCUCCUCCAGUACCUCUCAUGGUGGCCCGCACCGGCUCCCUUGAUCCAGCCUGGUCAUUCACCCAAAGCCAUGGCUCCGACGACGAUCGCAUCUCCUCUGCCGACAGUUUCGACAUCAAAGUGUGUCCGCGCGAGUACCUUCCCACCAGCGAGUCCCCUCGCGACCACCGGCAAUCCCCGGCUCCCAACCCGAACCCUCAUCAUCGUGUCUCUUUCUUCGAUGUCGGCGGCCUCCUCGACCCAGAACCUCCUAUGCGCGCCCCGGCACGACCGGGUCUCAUUACUCGACAUACAAUCGCCCCUGUACCCGCAAUGAACCCCACAGAACUUCCUCGCCAUCGCCGUGGCAGCCGAGCCUUCCUGGAAGAUCUCGGCGCGAUGUUACCUCGGACCACCACCACGCCGCUUCUCCAAUCUCGUCUUUCGUGCCCACCAUCUCUCCGAGCUGCUCCUCCGUCCGAACCAUCCCCACACACUCUCUCGCCUCGUCAAUCCUCAGCGGAGCCUGCGCCAGAUGCGGACGUUGAGCUCCAAGACGUCGGCCGCUUACUUUCGAGGAACGCGCGCGAACGGUAA